UGCUGACUGCAACAAAAUGUUUAGAUAAAAAAUUUUACGAGUGUCCGCUGUCCACCUCCAAGCCUCUUUGCCAAUUCUCCUGUAAUGGAGUCCUUACUUCACACCUCCUCAGCGGCAUAUCUAUCUCCAAGGUUAACAAAUCUGAAACUUGGCAAUCAAAACUCAACCUUGAACUUAUCAAAAUGGUUUUCCUCUUCUUCUUUUUCCUGCAAUCUUCGACAUGGGAGACAGUCUCUCUUCAUUAGAGUGGAGGCUAAGAAGAAGGACAAGAGCGACAAGGAAGACACUCAUAGCUUUGUGCCGAGACCAGAUGAAGCCACUGGUCCUUUCCCUGAAGCCGUCCUCCUCAAAGAGAAAAAAGUUCAGGAAGAUGGUAGAUUGCUCCCUGAGUUUGCAGAUGCUGAGGAACAGGAGCUCUAUGAAUUUCUGGACCUUCAGCUGCAAAGCCAAUUGAAUGUGGAACUGAUGCGCCACUACGAAGUGGUUUAUUUAAUCCAUGAGAAGCACGCAGAAGAACUCACAAGUGUCAAUGAGAAAGUUCAAGGUCAGCUUUUACUUGUCUGUUGUGUCCGCAUUUUUAGAGAUACUGAAGUAGCUUAGUUGUGUCAUAGUAUG